AUGUCUGGUGAAAUAGGACUCCUGUCUUGUGAUGAAUCAGUUGUGAUGCAAACUGCGAAAUGUAGUAUUGAGAAUCCUGAAAGUGGAGCAUCUGAUGAAGUCAGAUUAAUUCUAGAUUCAGGCUCCCAAAGGACUUACAUAACUGAAGAUUUGGCGCAUCGACUAAGACUCAAGGUUGAUAAGGAGCAACAUAUUCAGUUAGUGACAUUUGGUAGUAAAAAAGAAAAGGUUAUAAAGACUAAAAGUACUAAGCUAAAAGUAAAAUUGAAUAAUGGCACUGAUAUGACUUUAGUGGCAAAUAUUGUACCAACAUUGACUGGAACAAUAACGCGUAAACAAGUAAAGCUCAAUUUACCAAGGAGGUUUAAAGAAAUUACACAAAACUUGAUCCUGGCGGAUUCAAUUCCAAACAAGAAUGAACCUGUUACGUUAGAACUUUUAAUAGGAAACGAUUAUUAUUUGGAUAUAAUUCAACCGGAAAAAAUCGAAAUACAACCAGGAUUUUACUUGUUAUCAUCAAAGCUUGGAUGGAUAUUGUCUGGUAGAAUGAAAUCAAAUGAUGAAGCUGUUAAAACACCUGAAGCAAGUAUGUUGAUCCUUACAUAUGGAGAAAAUGCCACUGAAACAAACGUGCUCACAUGUGUUGAUAGAGUUCUUCCCACAAAACCAAACUUGGGAGACUUUUGGAGUAUUGAGAGUAUAGGUAUCACAGAUAGAAUCGAUCAAUCUGAAGAUGAAACUGCAAUGGAACGUUUUAGGGAGACACUUCAGUUUAAUAAUGGUAGAUACCAAGUAACAUGGCCUUGGCGAGAAGAGUUCCCAGAUUUACCAGAAAAUCGUGGUUUGGCAAAAGGUAGGCUAAGAUCCCUUGUUAGUAGACUAGAGAAACAACCAGAGAUAAUGAAACGUUAUGAUGACAUCAUUAAAGAUCAGCUUGAAAAGGGGAUAAUAAAAAAGACGGAAAAAGAUGUUAGUGAUGGAUUAAAACACUAUAUUCCUCACCACGUAGUGAUAACUCCAGAGAAAAGCACUACAAAAUGA